AUGAAUUCAAUGAAUGCAAUUAUGGAGUCAACGGAUUAUAACGAAGAGAUUGAAUUAAAAAACAAUGACAUCAUUGAAGAUAUAAGUGAUGACACGAAUAGUCACUCAACAGAACCCAAUGGAUCAGUCCAUACAAGCCGUAAGCAAUCGGUUGAAGAAUCAACUGAUGAGACAGUCGUGUCGUUAAACUAUGGACUCAAUGAAGGACUCAUUCAUGCAAACGAUUCUAUUAUUAAAGAUAUAAUAGAAACCCAAGAGGAAGAGGACUCUUCCGAUGAAUUGAGUCAAACUCGAGGUCCGGUUUUGCCACAAAUUAAUAUCACAAACGAAUACUCGGAGGAAGUGAUUGAAACGUACGACAAGACAGACGACGACAACGUGUCUAUGAAUUCAAAUAAUUCAUCAAAGUUUGCAACUUUAGAUCCAAACUCAGCCGACAAAGCCUAUCAAUUCAGACGCGAUUCCAUACGACAGUCCCUUCAAUCAAAUCACAUUGAUUUGGGAAAUGCUAUUGAAGUGAAUAAUGUUAGCUUCGGCUACAACAAGAAGGCCAAUGUUCUCAACAACAUCAGCAUUAAUGUGCCCAAAGGCAAGAUCUAUGCGCUGUUGGGAUCGAGCGGUUGCGGCAAAACAACUCUAUUAAGGCUUUUGUUGGGAAGAAUGAAACCAUCAAAAGGAAAGAUCAGUGUUUUCGGUGAACAGCCCGGCUGUAAGACAUCGCACAUCCCGGGGCCGGGUGUCGGGUAUAUGCCUCAGGAGUUGGCCCUCUUCACGGAGUUCACAAUCGAGGAAACCCUCAUAUAUUUCGGUUCAUUAUAUCACAUGGAUUUAGACCACAUUCAGGACAGGAUUCAGUUUUUGAUUAAAUUAUUAAAUUUGCCGCAAAAGGAGCGCAAAGUGUCUCAACUGAGUGGCGGUCAACAGAGGAGGGCCUCCAUCGCAGUGGCGCUCUUCCACGCGCCCCCUCUACUCAUAUUGGAUGAGCCGACCGUAGGAGUCGAUCCACUACUUCGGUGCAGAAUUUGGGAAUAUUUGGAGAGUCUAUGCGUCAAUGAAAGUAUGACUGUUUUAAUAACCACUCAUUACGUGGAGGAGUCGCGAAACGCACAGACAAUAGGAUUCUUAAGGUUUGGUCGAAUUCUGGCGCAAAGAAGUCCAAUAAAACUACUCAAUCAAUACAAUUGUGUCACUCUUGAAGAGGUAUUCCUCAAGUUAUGUGAAGAGGAUUGCGAUGAUCUCAAGCGCUCAAAAGAUCGCAUAUCAUUGCGUCUGGAAAAACACGCCAACAGAAAGAAAUCUCUGUUCCCUUCCGACCAAAUCAGUCCUUAUUUGGACCCCGAGAUCGCCGCCAAACUAUGGGUCGAACCCAAGUACACCCAAAAACCGAUAGACAUUCAGCGCAUUAAAGCUCUUAUACACAAGAAUUACCUCAAACUUAAGGGAAACCCAAUGCUUGUGUUCUUCUUCUUAAUACUACCCGUCAUUCAGAUAACACUGUUCUGCGAGUCAGUUGUCAAACAACCGGAUCAGUUGCCCGUUGCCAUCCAUAGUCCCGAAGUGAACGGCAAUCUCUCCGAUGCAUUCAUUCGCUUCAUCGACCAGAAGAUGAUGAAACUUAUCUAUCAUAAGACACUCGAAUCAGCCAUUGAUUCUGUAUACAAAGGAAAGGCCUGGUAUGCGAUUUCAAUGUCAGACAACUUUUCGGAUGCGUUUGAUAUCAGAGCGACAGAUGCGGAACAUAUGACUGACGAGGACAUAGAGGAGAGCAAAAUAAAGUUGUACCCUGAUCACUCAGAUAACUUCAUUCAGCAAUUCAUAUAUCAAUCACUGUUCGAGUCGUACCACCAAUUCUUGUCCACAUAUAUCACAUCUAUAGAUCUGAAUCCGGCCACAGUUUCGUUGCCAAUCGCUACACAGGAGCCCAUCUAUGGGACCAUUGAGUACUCGUUGAUCAAUUCAAUAGCUCCGGGAGCUAUAGUGGCCAUAAUAUACACAACACCGCUGUUGUUGGCAUCCUUUCUAAUAGUUUUGGAGCGCAAGGAUGGGCUCCUGGAGCGCAGUUUUGUGUCGGGAGUGCGGAGUUUCGAAGUGCUUAUAUCGCAUAUGUUUACCCUAAUACCGGCCCUCUUAGUACAGGUGUCCCUACUCAUGUUCGUCGCCUUUAUUGUGUUUGAAGUCAAACUCAUGGGUCAGGCGUCCGAAGUGUUUUGGUUGAUGUUUCUUCAGGGAACUAAUGGUAUUAUUCUCGGUCUACUCGUCUCAGCCGUCGCGCCCAAUGAAGUGGCAGCACUGUUAAUGGCAUUUGGUUUGGUGUUCCCGAUGUGGAUGAUAUGCGGUGUGUUUUGGCCCCUGGAUUCAGUUCCUGGUAUAAUGCGGACCAUAUUCUACAUGGCACCUUUAUCACUUCCUAUUGAAUCCAUACGCUAUAUAAUAACCCGGGGCUGGACUAUACACUACUUUGAUGUGCAGGUGGGAUAUGCCGUCAGUGGUGUCUAUAAUAUUGUGUUAUUUGUUGCAACCGUUUUUAUAUUUCACUUAAGCUCUUCUGAAUAA